GGUGGGCACUCAGGGCUCCCCAGCACCCUGGGCAAGCUGGGGAAGGAGAGAGCUGUGCUCCUGAGGAGGGGGGCAAACCCCAUCCUUGGGGGCUGCCCUGCACCAGCACGGCCUGCUUAUGGGGACAAUAAAAUAACGGGGCACCGUAAGGGGGUGUCCCCAGCACCUGGUGCCCAGCUGACGAACGCCUCCCCGUGCCAGCAGGGUUGGCCAGAGCCGUGCCAGCUGAGCAGCCCGGCUUCGUGGACUUCAGCCCCCAGUUAAAGUCCUGCUGGGGGCCACGGGGGAGCUGGAGGGGACGGUUUUCCAGCAGCCUGCUGGGGAGCAGGAACCAGAUGGAUUUGGGGGGACUGGAAUGAGGGAGAUGCAAACUCCAUGUGGGAAAAGCAGGGGAGGGGUUCCCACAGCACAGGCAUUUCUCUUCCGCUUCCCAUGCAGGGAGGUGAGGGUGAGCAUCCCCCUGCCCUUGUCAAUGACCCCCUUGGACCAAAAUACUCUUUUUUUGUUGUUGUUUUGUUUUGUUUUUCCCCCUCCCUGCAUGCCCCAGGCUGAGCAGUGCUCCGCAAGCCCAGUGGCAAACUGUGGCCAUCUCCUGCCCCAGUGACUCAUGCCCAGGUGACAGCUGGCAGGUGACAGGGCGCUGCUCCUGCCUUGCCCUCCUCCUUCAGCCCAUGCUGACGCUGAAUCGAAGGAGCACUCGGGGCUCAGCCUCCAGCCCGAGCUCCCCGUUGGAGCCGUGGGGGUUUAGAGGCCACUAAUGCUCCCGAGGAGAUGCCCCAGCGCGGCGCAGGCCAGGCAAAGCCGGGCUCUCAUCAUCGUCAACACCGAUUUCUGCAGCAGUGCCGGCGAUGUGGUGCUCGGGACCCGGAGGGGAGCCAAGAGGGAAGCGGAGAAGCUUUCGGAGGCACUCUCAGAGCUCAACUACAAGGUGAAGCUGAUGCACAACAGCACGGCCAAAGAGAUGGAAGACCUUUACCAGCAAGAGUGCAGCCGCGAGCACGGGGAAUUCUUUGUGAGCAUCAUCUCCAGCCACGGGGAGGAGGGGGCCGUAUUUGGCUCUGACUGCAAGCCGCUUCAGCUGACCCGGAUCUUCCGAAUUUUGUCACCGCAGAAUUGCCCGGUGCUCGCCGAAAGACCUAAAGUCUUCUUUAUCCAGGCCUGCCGGGGGGGGCAGCUGGACCAGGGGGUGUUUUUGGAGACUGACAGCGGGCAGCCGGAGCCGUGCAGCUUCUCGGAGUACCUCCGCAUCCCUCCCAACACCGCCGUCAUGUUCGCCUGCAGCCCGGGCUACGGAGCCUUCCUGAACCCCUCGGGAUCCAGCUUCCUGCAGGCGCUGCUCAGGGCGCUGGACGGGGAGGAGCGGGGCCUGGCCCUCAGCCGCCUGGCCACCCGGCUCAACGGGGACGUGGCCCUGCGCUUCCAGGCCCGGGGCACCUUCGAGGGCUGCAAGCAGAUGCCCUGCUUCGUCACCAACCUGCUGCAGGAGGUCUUCCCCUUCUCGGCCAUGUCUGAGAGCCGCCAGCUCCUUCCCUGCCCUGCUCUGCAGGGAGGGCCGGAGGAGGAAGAGCGGCAGCCUGGUUGCAAGAAGUCCCAGGCUAUGUAGUGGGGUGGAGAAAAAAGGAGAAGUUGUGGGAAAACCAGCAGAAAACCCCUCAGAGAAGGUGACCUGGGGUGUGCCAGAACUGCCUGGGGGAGCAGCACCAGGAAGAUCUGGGGCAGAUCCUUCCCAUGUUGGUCUGAGAGCAGAGCCACCCGAAUGAAGCCCGUGAUGGCAGCCCCCAGCCCCAGCAGGGCUCUCGGACCUGCUCAGCCCCCGAUCCUCUGCCACGGAACAGCUCCAGCAUCGUGAACAUAAUCUUAUCUCAGUGAACCCGCACAGGCCAUGGGACACAGGCCUUUUCCUUACAGAGGCUUUUCCUCUGAUGUUUACCUGCCCUACCCACAAUGAAAACACUGCUGCUGUGGUGUAAAGAUCACCCCCAGCUCGAGCUGUUUGUUCAUGAGGCUGCUUCUUGUUUAAGGCUUUAAAAAAUGAGGAGGGUGCUCAGCGGGACUUGCAGGCUGGCGGGUUAACUUGGGAUGGGGGUCGGGGUGUGGGUUUGGGAGCUUUGCUCAAAGCAGGGCUCAGUUCACAAGCAAGAACUGGCUCUUUGCAAGCCUCCUGUUCCACGGGAUGCACACGGGGUGGGCUGGGACCCCCAUGGGACCGAGGUAUUUGCUCAGCCUGCUCCUCCUGCACACCCCGGCGUGUCUGAGGCCCUACAGCAGGCAGGGGAUGCCCCCACCCGUGCCCCAGGGCUGAGCAGGUUUGUGCUCACACCUUAACUCGUUAACUCCGUGCCGCCUCCACCCGAGGGCCUCUCACAGAAAACCUGGCUGUAUCAGUAUUUCUCAGCUUAGCCCCGCAUAACUGGGCUCCAGUAAACAGAGCCCUGCCCAGCUCGCAGAUAAUUUGUGUUUCGCUGAGUGUUUUGCCCUUUCCUGGACUUUGAGACCUCCGUGGGCGUGCGGUGCUGCUGCCCCGACGCAACCCCACGCUCAGCACUCACCUGGGUCCCCACAUCACCGCCUCACCUCGAGGGACCUGCUGGGUUGCUGCUUCCCUCUACCUGUAGGAACAAAAUAGUUUUGAGGCCCUUAUGGCAACCCCAAAUCAGGCUGGAACUGAGCAAGGGGGUUGAGGAGUUGUUAGAGGAGCAUAAUCCUUAUUUCUUUGGGACAUCACCCUGAGGACGCCCAGCAGAACAGCACUGAUCUCCUCCUAGUAGGCUCAGGAGGGCGCUCCGCCUGACAGCCCACCAUGCGACCAAACAGAAUUUUUAAUUUCCUGCUUUCAGCCUUUUCUUUAAUUCUCUCAGCCAUGUGGUCAGGUGGGGGGAAAAAAAAGGCAAAAAAAAGCAGCCCUCCCUUUUCCUCCAGCCUUUCCCUUGCACACACUGCGGGGUCAGCCAAGCCGGAGGCGAGCGUAGCAGGGCGGAUUUUCACCUUUCACAGAAAAAGUGGAAGAAAGGGGAAAGUUUCUUCCAUGUGCUGCAGGAAGCAGCUGCAAGCGCUGCUCAGAGGUGCCCUCAGCAUCAGCAGCUCAGGCCAGUGGCAGCUUCUUCCCCCGUUCCAGCCUGGUCACCAGCAGCACCCUGCACAGCCUGGCCCUCCUCCCAUGGGCUCCCUCUUUCCCAGUCUGUCCCAGUCCAUUCCAGUUUCAGCAGCUGCGCUGGGUCCUGCUCAAGGAGCCUCCCUGUGGGAGAAGGAGGGAAUGCAACAGGACAAAUCUAAAAGCAUCGCUACUGCAGCCUCAGCUCCUCGCUAACCCCACAGCCUGAAGAGGGAAGCAAGUCCCGGGCAGGGAAGUGCCUGCUGAUCGCGAAGCCGAUCGUGAAACCGCCUGGAAACUUCUCACCCCGGCCGGCAGCUGAAGGCUGUCUCGGCUCGUUCCGGCUGUAGGGUGCUUGGUGACACGCUGUCUGAGUUUACCUGUGCGAAUCGAGGCUCCCCCACAAAGCCCGGAACAUAAAUCACAGCUCAAAGACUUUGUGGGUUUUCUACAGCUUUUUUUUUUUUUCAAAAGGAGGAACUAACCUGCACUGUCGCUGCCAGGUUUCAAAGAUCAGGCAAAUAACGCAAGCACCAAAAAAAUCAGAGGUGAAAACAGCGUAUUUUUGAAAUCAUUUAUUGACUUUACCACACAGAAAAAAGUACAAAGAAAUAUAAAAAUUCUGAUCCUUCAAAGCAAGGUGCGUUGCACUGCAGCAGAAAACAAACCAUUUGCUGAUUCAACCUGGCAAGGCAGCCGGCCUAACAGGAACAUUUGGCAAAAAUUACGUACCGACAGAUACCAUCCAUUGGAAAACGUCUUGUGUCCAAAGGGAAAAGGUUUCACGCACCUUGACCAGUUUGAAACACAUUGCAUAAACUCAAAUCCCAUUUUAAAAUUAAACAAAAACAGAAAUCAACAGAAGUCAUUCCCAGAGGUUUCACGCCGUUGCGUUACGGAGGCUGCUGCCAGGAGCAGGGCACCUGGGAGCUGCUGGGUAGGAGGAGGCUGAGCUGCGAGCCCCCCACCGCCACGUGAGCUCUGCCGGCCAAGGCUCCUGCCCUCGGUGCUGGCUCGGCCUCUCGGCGCCUUCCUGCUUUGCUGGAGCCACCAAGCAAGGUGACAGCUCCGGCAGAGACGUGAGGUUUGAUCUCAGCAACCUGGUAAAAAGCUCGUGCUGCUCUGCUCGGCACAACCUGGCAGUGGAACAGCGAUCGGGACACUUGAGGUCCUGCUAUCAGAAGCUUCAGCUUGCUAUCAACAGCCCAGUGCUCUCAGCAGGGGUGGGAUUUCCACCAGAACUUGGAGUGAGAGAGGACUGAAAGACAUCUGAAAAAACUCGUGGGAUAUAAAAGCAAGCAGGUUGUAAAAAAGCCUUUGUAAACUAUUCUUCAAUGUUUGUUUUUU